GCGGGUCAUUCGAUUCGCCAUGCUUAGGAUUGGAGAAUCACUAGAGUAAUAGUAUAUACAUGGAUGAAUUAUUGGAGAUGUAGAGAGCAGCUAGAUGUCCUUAAUGCGCUGAAAUGAUAGUUCGAGUUGGUGCCCGGCUGUUAGCUUCUCCUUUUCAGUUGUUGCCCUUGCCGGCCUGGCAUUUGUUCAACCUUUCCUUUCUCUCUCUUUCUGCUACAGUCAUUAUUGUAGGUGUGGCUGUGAUCAUGCAUAAACUAACUGUUGUUGCCACAUGGAUCGGAGAGGGAGAUCGAUCCACAGGGAUUUUGGUGCUUAUGUCGACAAAAAAGGUUGCCAUAACAAGAAUUUUGGUCGCACUGUUAUAUGGAAACAUUUUCAGGUUGGCCAAACGCUUGGAACAAUGGAACUAUUGCAAAUUCCUUUUUACAGACUACAUCUUCUAUCGAACUAGAACUAUUGUAAGAUUUAUGUUAUUGCGGGUGGUCAAGGCUCAGGAUUUAGAGCAGAAGAUGCACAUAAAUACUGGUGAAUGAUGCCAUCGGCAAUGAUGAACUGAUGAAGCGAUGGAUGAUGCCAUUGAUGAAAGAUAGAAUGGAACUUAAAUUUUGGUGGUCGCAUAAGUGUGGAGACUUGAAUUCAUAUAUACUUAGUUAGGCUCAAUGUUAGCAUAAACAAUUGAUGAGCAAGUUUUCUCAUUAGUAUUUUAGUUUGAAUUUA